UAACCUCAAUAUUCGCCAAUAACAGUAAUAGUGUUAUGGACAUGUGUUGACAGUGUAAUUGUAAUCAAAUUAAUUUACCACUUCUUUGAAUAAAUGUGACAAAAAAUGUUAAACAGACAGUUUGUAUUUUAAUCUUUUUAUUUAAUGUUCACCUAUGAAUCGCAUGACAUCCAUUAUUUGCUGAUUGAAUAGCAAAGCACCUCUUCGUUCGAACGCCACAUUUGCGAUGGAUAUUGUUGAAGAUAAUGUCGACGAGAAUAACGAUUCUCUCAAUGAAUGGAGUGAGUUUAACAUUCCAGAGCAGAUAUUAAAAGCUCUUCUCGAAAAGGGUUUUACAAAACCCACAGUAAUCCAAAAAUUGUCUCUUUUACCUGCAAUCCUUGGGAGAAAAGAUAUUCUUGGUGCGGCGGAAACAGGGAGUGGUAAAACUUUAGCCUUCGGAAUUCCUGUCCUGUAUGGAAUUUUAGAAUGUUUAAAAAAGGCUGAAAAUGGAGAACUUGAUUUAGAUGAUGAUUCCGAUUUAGAAGAAGAAGAAUUAGAUGAAGAGGAUCCUGAUUCAGAAGACGAUGGGGCAGUGUGUGUGAGAGCUUACACAUUGAAAGUAGAUUUUGAAAAACCCAAACAUAAGUUAUAUGCCUUGAUUCUAACUCCUACCCGAGAACUAGCAAUGCAAGUGAAGAACCACCUAACUGAUAUUGCCAAGUACACAAACAUCAAGAUUGCUGUGAUCACAGGAGGAGCAUCCUUAGAGAAGCAAGAGGAGGCACUUAAAAAGGGCCCUCACAUUGUUGUGGCCACUCCUGGCAGAUUAUGGGAACUUUUAGAUCAAAAUGAGCCUCAUUUGUCUCAAGUCAACAACAUCCGAUUUUUAGUCAUUGAUGAGACAGACCGUAUGCUAGAAAAUGCUCAUUUCUCAGAAUUGAAACAGUUGCUGGAACGCAUCAAUUUUGAUGAGAGCAAAAAGAAACUUCGGCAGAAUUUUGUUUUCUCCGCCACAUUAACCUUAGUGCAUGACCCUCCGAAGCAUAUAGUUGAAAAAUCUAAGAAGAAGAAUAAACCUGCAAGGUUUACUCCUGGUCAAAAACUUCAGAAAAUUAUUUCAAUUCUUGGAAUGACAGACCCGAAAGUGAUCGAUUGCAGUCAGCAAACAGUUACUGCUGAAAAACUAUUGGAGGCAAGAAUUUUUUGCUCACAUGAAGACAAAGACCACUAUCUGUACUACUUCCUUUUGAGACAUCCUGGAAGAACCAUAAUAUUUUGUAACAGUAUAGAUUGCGUCUUGCGGCUAGUGAAAUUCCUAAAUAUUCUAAAGCUCAACCCAUUAGGACUUCAUUCAAGUAUGAAUCAGAAACAUCGAUUUCAAAAUUUAGAAAGUUUCAAGAAAAAUUCAAAAGCCAUUCUAAUUGCCUCUGAUGUGGCAGCAAGAGGUCUUGACAUCCCAGGAAUAGAACAUGUUGUACACUACCAGGUUCCGAAAACAUCUGAGAGCUAUGUUCAUCGAAGUGGGCGUACAGCUCGAGGCACAUCAGAAGGUCUAACUUUAGUUCUCUGUGAUCCACUUGAGAUGCCAGAUUAUAAUAAGCUGAUACGAACACUAAACCGAAAACGUGAUUUGCCUGAAUUUCCUGUUGAAAUGCAUCUCUUCAUGGCCAUUAAAGAAAGAGUGAAAGUAGCCCAUCUAAUUGAAAGAGUGGAGCUCCACGAGAAAAAAUCUAAUAGCAAGAUUAAUUGGUUUCAAAAGGCUGCUCGAGAAUGCGAUAUGAUUGUCGAUGAUCCAAAAAUACCUAAGCAGAGAGAUAUUCAAGAGGUUGCGGAUAACAGAAGAUUUCUGAAAAAGAAGCGCUCUGAGCUCAACCAGUUGCUGGCUCAAAAAGUAACUCUGCAAAAUAUAUCAAAUAGGUGCAUUUCCACAACUGUGUUGACAGACGCUUCGAAACCAGUCGAGUCAAAUACGUCUGCAGUAGACUUAAUGAAAUCGGUUAUGGCCGGUAAGAAAGACCAGCUAAAAAGGAGAAUGGCCAAAAGAUUGUCACAAAAUAAACCAUUACGAAGGAAAGCCAAGAAGAAGAGGAAAGUGCCCUCCAAUAUUGAAUGAGCCUUCGAUAUAAUCGGCUGUGACUGAGCAAAUGCAAUUCACGAUCAUCAAGGAUUCCAGAAACAAAAAUAUUUGAUAAAGACCUCCAUCGUUUUGCAUUGGUGCCUUGUGGCUUAUUGGUGUGCUGGUAAAUUUCAGCUGCCUAGUUGAUAGGCUCCAAUACGCAGGCAAGCAGUUGAUGACAAUUUUUGUUCAAUUGAAUAACAGUUCCAACACAACUUUUUUUCUUUGAAUAAAAGCGAUUCAACAGUAAAA